AGACAAGAGUAUCAUUGUUUCAAUUUCACUUGCUUGUGCACUUCAGUUCUCAUCUCUAAGUCAUUUCUAUUUGUUACUCUAGUCUUUGUCUUACCUAGACAUAUUCAAAGUAUCAUCAUGGAUAUUAAAUCGAUUCUCGUUUACAUUUUCUUCAUGGUCCAUUUCUCAAGUGCCAAUAUUCUCACGAAUUGGUACUCUAGUUUAAAUAAAAAUAUCAAUAAAGCAGCUAAUUAUGGUGAAGAAAUGCUAAAGUCAAAAGGUGAAUUGUACAUACAACCAGCUAAGCCGACACCUAAAUCUGUCUACAAGCCUGUUGAACCCUUGGUUGAAAAGAAAGAAAAAGAACUUCAAGAAAUUUGUAAUUUAACCUUAAAAAAGUCUGAUAUUGUGAUACUUACAAUGGUCAUGAAAGAAAAGAGGAAAGCUUUCGAGCCAAUUUUCAUUGAUCCCAAAACAUUGGAAUUGAGCUUUAGAGUUGAAAAAGGCAAAAAGGUUUCAUCUUUAAUAGGUGCUCUCAGCGCGAUUAAAGUCCACAAGAAAUUUGGCCUCGAAAAAAUUCCCAUCAACUUACAAGUGCCACACAAAAUAUUGUCCAAAUUACCAAAGUUGAGUAAUGAUGACUAUGUAAUAUUAACAAUCAUCAGACAAAACAAAGGAAAACCAGCAAAAGUCGUUUCUCACUUUGUGGAUACAAUAAGUGUUGCUCCAACACAUGAUAAAUCAUAUUAACAAAAGUAUCAAAUGAAAUAUAUUGAAUUGUAAAUUUUGUUAGACUUUAAAUCGGUCUAAUUAUUGUAAGCCUUUCUACUGUGCCAAUGAAUAAUAAAUAUAAAAUGUAAAUUAACAAAAAUUUGAAAUUUCUUUAUUAUCAAUAUCAUAUUGGAUGAGCGUAAGAAAAUUUUAGAUACUACAGAUUUUUCUUUUAGUGUUUGGUUUACAAUAGUAAGCAUCACUUACUCCUGGUCCACCACAAAUUACACAUCGUCCUUGAUACGAACCAUAAUUACAUUCAUCACAUAUUCUGACUAAUGUUGAGGGGCG